AUGUACAUGCACAUUGCCCAAAAAUUAAAUUUGACUUUUGUGGAUUCCCUCAAUUUCCUGCCCAUGAAGCUUGCCAAAAUACCAGAUGCCUUCGGUCUGCAGGAACUCUGCAAGGGAUACUUUCCCCAUUUGUUUAAUACCAAAACCAACCAAAACUACGUGGGACCGUAUCCAGAGUUAAAGUACUACGGAUACGAUUUUAUGUCGGGCGGGGAACGAAAGAAGCUUGCCGAAUGGCAUGCAACGAAACGCCACGAAACCUUUAACUUUCGAGAAGAAAUGUUACAGUAUUGUCGCUCGGAUGUUGAUAUAUUGCGACGGGGUUGUCUGGAAUUUAGAAACUUGGUGAUUAAAGUGACGACUCUAACAGAGGAAACGGUCCAAGCGGAUGGAAUCGUCAAGAAAAUAAGUUCGGGUGGAGUCGACCCCUUUGAUUAUAUCACCAUUGCAAGCGUCUGCAUGGGGAUAUUUAAGUCUCUCUUUUUGUCCGCAGAAAGUAAAAUAGAAAUUACCAAAGAUGGAAAAUCAGAUUUGUAUGAUAUUUGUCAUCAGAAGGGUUUAGAAGGGGUCCGUCUUGAUGAUUCUUGGACGUCUCUCGUCGAUUUAAAAAAGGACGAGAAUGUACAGAUAGAAAAAUGCCAUUUCAACAGUCCCAUAGCAGUAGUACCUUCUCAUGGAUACACCAAGCGCGACAAUUACAGUAAGAUUUCCAUCCAGUGGCUGGAGUGGUUGAUGGCAAAAAGUCGUCAGCGGGGUAAUCCCAUUGUCAUUUCCCAUGCUCUCAACGGUGGUGAAUUUCAAGUUCCCGGGACUAAUUAUAGAUGUGACGGAUUUGUCAAGACUACUAACGGAAACGGAACCAUUUAUGAAUUCUAUGGUUGUGUGUUCCACGGUUGUCCUACCUGUUUCCCGGACGAUAGGAAUACCAUCAAACAUCCGUCCACCAAUCAGACCAUGAAAGAAUUGUACGACAUGACGAAAAACAGAGAAAAGGAACUGAAAGAGCUGGGAUACAAAUUGGUGUUUGUAUGGGAGCAUCAAUUUAAAUUUCAAUUGGAGAAGAAUGCAGCAUUACAACAAUUCGUGUCGACCUUAGAUGUUCAAGACAGACUCGACCCACGUGACAGUUUUUUCGGUGGUCGAACUAAUGCCAUCAAACUGCAUUACCAAGCCGCAGAAGACGAAACGAUCCAGUAUUACGAUUUUACCAGUCUUUAUCCCUGGACCAACAAGUAUUGUCGCUAUCCCGUCGGCCAUCCGACCAUCAUCACGGACGACUUUCAGGACUUGUCGCAAUAUUUUGGACUGGCUAAAAUAAAAAUUCUGCCCCCUAGAAAACUUUAUCGUCCCGUGCUUCCAUACAAUUCGAAUGGAAAAUUAAAGUUUCCACUUUGUAAAACGUGCGCGGACAAUGAAAAUCAAAGCGAAUGUACAUGUUCUCUAGAAGAGAGAUCCAUCACGGGUACGUGGUGUACUCCCGAAAUUCAAAUGGCAACUUCCAAAGGAUAUAAAAUCUUGAAAAUUUAUGAAGUGUAUCAUUUUGCCGAGUCUUCCAAAUACGAUGUCGAGUCGUGUGAGGGGGGAUUGUUCGCUCAAUAUGUGAACAUGUUUUUGAAAAUCAAACAGGAGGCUUCGGGAUUUCCGGCCGAAUGCGAUACGGAAGAGGCCAAAAGAAAAUAUAUUAGGGAGUAUAAAGAAAAAGAGGGCAUCCAAUUAGAGUAUGAUCAAAUAAAAAAAAAUCCCGGUUUACGAUGUUUAGCAAAACUUUGUCUCAAUAGUUUUUGGGGGAAAUUUGGUCAGAGAUUGGGUAUGCAACAGUCGGUAUUCAUUCACGAAUCGGAAGCCGACAAAUUUUUUCAAAUGCUCUCGGAUCCCACAAAAGUACCCCACAAUUUUCACAUUGUUUCGACGAACAUACUUCAAUUAGAAUGGAGUAACAACCCCUUAUUUGCGUCAUUCGAUAACAAAACCAAUAUAUUCUUGGCCUCGUUUACCACCAUGUGGGCUCGACUAAAAUUGUAUGGGGUUCUCGACAAAUUAAACGAGAACGUGUUGUAUUUCGAUACAGACAGUGUCAUUUUCAAGACAAAGAAGUCGGACGACUUGAAUUAUCUCCCCAUAGGUAAUUACCUGGGUGAAUUGACCAAUGAAAUCUCCCCACAAGACGGCUACAUUGUCGAAUUCGUUUCGGGGGGUCCUAAAAAUUACGCUUACCGCACACUGUCGGGAAAAGAAGAAUGCAAAGUAAGGGGAUUUACCCUGAACUGGGUAAACUCGAAACUUAUCAAUUUCCAUGCUAUUAAGUCGAUGAUCUGUACCUCACACGACCGACAAAUUGAAAUUGUCAACCCUUGCAAAAUAUCGAGAGACAGCAGAAAGAGAAAAUUGUUAAACAGGGUUGAAACUAAAAAUUAUAAGAUGGUUUAUACCAAAAGGAGAAUUCUUCCUAAUUUAGACACAUUGCCAUUUGGAUUUUGA